AUGAAACAAAGGAGAAGACAAUCAACUGAUCAAGGAUAUGUUCUGAAGAUCCCUUCACUGCAGCAGCGUGACCCAUGCUACGAAUCGCAUAUCAUCCAUGUCGAAAUAUAUGUUCAUGAUGGGGCUAUUGGGUCAUCACUAAAAGCUGGUGCCAAAGUUCGUGUUAUAAGUGAUAGCUCCUCUCCUCUAUUUCCAGACAUUGGAGACAUAAAUGGCCUUGAACUGAAAGGAUAUACUGCACUUAUAGCUGGCGAUAUUGAGCGCUCUUCACUUGUUUUAUGUGGCAACGCCUUCUCAGAUUCAAAUGCAAUUAAACAAGCACUAGCUUCCUUGUGCGCACCUAUUAUAUUUGCCCGAAGAGGCCUUCCCCUAUCUGCAAGGCUUUUAGUGUUUGGUGAUUUUGUGGUUCUUUUAUUUGCACCAGAAGGUAUCAUUAAGCUGUGUCGAAAUCUGUUGGUGCCUGGAGAUUUAGGUGCUAUUCUUUCUUCUCAAGGUGUUGUCCCAUUGUUUCAAACUCCAAGCUCUGGUAGCUCAAAUCUAUUCAAGUUGCCAGCUGCUGCAGUCCUUGUAACUUUUGACUUGUAA